GAGGUCCAGAAGAACUGCCAUGGAGAAGGUCAGAUUGGAGUUAAUUCCGUUACAGCCUCUCACCUGUUCCCCAGGCUGUAGACAUGAGGUCCAAGCCCGUUGUGCUGCAUAGCAGGGACUCCAGACCUCAGCCGAGCUCCGCUCCUCUGCCUGACAUAGCUCACCGUGUCCCGCUCCCUCCCCGUCCAUUCUCUGAACCCACAGACCACACGGGAGAAGGAUGACUCUUCAUAUCCACGGCUUGCUGCUGCUGCUGAUGGCCUUCACCCUCUAUUCGUCUGCCUACGGACCAGACAAGAGAGCUCAGAAGAAGGGAGAUAUCAUUCUAGGUGGCCUCUUCCCUAUUCAUUUCGGAGUAGCUUCUAAAGACGAGGAUCUAGAAUCAAGACCGGAGUCAGUUGAGUGCAUCAGGUACAAUUUCCGUGGCUUCCGCUGGUUACAGGCCAUGAUCUUUGCUAUAGAAGAAAUAAACAACUCUUCCGCCCUCCUGCCUAAUAUUACCCUGGGGUACAGGAUAUUCGACACGUGUAACACAGUAUCCAAGGCCCUGGAAGCCACGCUCAGCUUCGUGGCUCAGAAUAAGAUUGACUCGCUGAACUUGGACGAUUUCUGUAAUUGCUCGGAACAUAUGCCAUCCACGAUCGCCGUGGUUGGAGCCACGGGGUCUGGAAUAUCUACCGCAGUCGCCAAUUUGCUUGGUCUGUUUCAUAUACCCCAGGUCAGUUAUGCCUCGUCGAGUCGUCUUCUAAGCAACAAGAACCAGUAUAAGUCGUUCCUUCGCACCAUGCCCAACGACGAACACCAAGCUACGGCCAUGGCCGACAUCAUCGAGUACUUCCGCUGGAACUGGGUGGGAACCAUAGCCGCGGACGAUGAUUACGGCCGGCCGGGAAUCGAGAAGUUCCGGGAAGAAGCCGAGGAGAGGGACAUCUGCAUCGAUUUCAGCGAACUUAUCUCUCAGUACACAGAAAAGGAGGAAAUCGAGAAAGUGGUGGAGGUCAUACAAAACUCAACCGCCAAAGUCAUCGUUGUCUUCUCCAGCGGGCCCGACCUGGAGCCGCUCAUUAAGGAGAUAGUCCGGCGGAACAUCACGGGCAGGAUUUGGCUGGCGAGCGAAGCUUGGGCGAGCUCGUCGUUGAUAGCUAUCCCGGAGUAUUUCCACGUUAUUGGGGGGACCAUUGGUUUUGCUCUGAGGGCCGGACAAAUCCCGGGAUUCAGAGAAUUCCUCCAAAACGUGCACCCGAAGAUGGCCAACACAAAUGGCUUCCUUAAAGAGUUUUGGGAAGAGACUUUUAAUUGUUACCUGCCUGGAACCUCUAAAAACCCCUCAUUUUCAUCCCCGUUCAUGAGCAACCAUGAUGAUGCCGCCAGAGUGGGCAACGGCUCAGCCUUUCGACUGCCUUGUACCGGCCAAGAAAACAUUACGAGCGUCGAGACCCCUUAUCUGGAUUUUACUCAUUUACGGAUAUCCUACAAUGUGUAUCUAGCCGUCUACUCCAUCGCACACGCUCUGCAAGAAAUUUACACGUGCACUCCGGGAAAAGGACUUUUUACUAACGGCUCCUGCGCUGACAUUAAAAAAGUAGAAGCGUGGCAGGUGUUGAAACAUCUGCGGCACCUCAAUUUCACCAAUAACAUAGGGGAGCAGGUGGACUUCAACGAAUUCGGAGACCUCAUCGGAAAUUACACCAUCGUGAACUGGCACUUGUCGGACGAGGACGGCUCCGUGGUGUUUGAAGACAUUGGCCAUUACAACGUGUACUCCAAGAAUGGCGAGCGCCUCUUCAUCAACGAAAGCAAAGUCCUAUGGAGUGGAUUCUCCAGGGAGGUUCCGUUUUCCAACUGCAGCCGAAUCUGCCAGGAAGGGACGAGGAAGGGGAUCAUCGAAGGGGAGCCCACCUGCUGCUUUGAAUGUGUGGACUGUCCUGAUGGCGAAUACACCGAUGAGACAGACGCCAGCGCAUGUGAAAAGUGCCCCCCGGAUUACUGGUCCAGUAAGAACCACACAAUUUGCAUCGCAAAGCAAAUCGAGUUCCUUUCCUGGACAGAACCAUUCGGAAUCGCCCUCACCAUGUUUGCUGUCCUGGGGAUCUGCCUAACGUCCUUCGUUCUUGGCGUCUUUAUAAAAUUCGGCAACACGCCCAUCGUGAAGGCCACGAACCGAGAGCUCUCUUACCUCCUGCUUUUCUCCUUGCUUUGCUGCUUCUCCAGCUCUCUGUUUUUUAUAGGAGAGCCUCAGAACUGGACGUGCCGGUUAAGACAACCGGCUUUUGGCAUCAGCUUUGUCUUGUGCAUCUCGUGCAUCCUCGUGAAGACCAACCGCAUCCUCCUCGUGUUCGAGGCAAAGAUUCCUACGAGUUUUCACCGCAAAUGGUGGGGACUGAACCUCCAGUUCCUCUUGGUUUUCUUGUGCACCUUCGUGCAAAUCGUGACGUGCAUCAUAUGGCUGUACACGGCACCGCCAGAGAGCUACAAGAACCAGUUCAUAGACGACGAGAUCAUAUUCAUCACAUGUAACGAAGGUUCUUUGAUGGCUUUGGGCUUUCUGAUUGGCUACACCUGCCUUUUGGCUGCUAUAUGUUUUUUCUUUGCUUUCAAAGCCAGGAAACUGCCGGAGAACUUCAACGAAGCCAAGUUUAUCACGUUUAGCAUGCUCAUAUUUUUCAUCGUCUGGAUAUCCUUCAUCCCGGCGUACGCAAGCACUUACGGAAAGUUCGUGUCUGCCGUGGAGGUCAUCGCUAUCUUGGCUUCGAGCUUCGGGUUGUUGGCUUGUAUCUUUUUCAACAAGGUCUACAUCAUCCUAUUCAAACCCUCCAGAAACACUAUCGAGGAGGUCCGAUGCAGCACCGUUGCUCAUGCUUUUAAGGUGGCCGCUAGGGCGACGUUGCGAAGAAGCAACGUGUCUCACAAGAAGUCCAACAGCCUCGGAGGCUCUGCGGGUUCCACGCCGUCAUCUUCAAUAAGCAGCAAAAGCAACCACGAGGAACACUUUUCAACCGGGGAACGAGCUAGGGGUUGCAAACAGAAAGUCAGCUUUGGAAGUGGAACGGUCACAUUGUCUCUGAGUUUCGAUGACCCUCAAAGGAAUGCCGUCUCCAAUAAAGUCACAAAGCCCAAAAAUUCUUUGGAAGGCAAGAACAGCGACGACAGCCUGAUGAGGCAAAAAGCUUUGCUCCCGCUGCAGAACAGCGACGUCGGGAGCGAGUCGAGCUUCAGAACGGCCUCAAACGUAGAUGAAUCGGGAUCGCAGGAGUCGGUCAACGAUCGACUCGAUAACCAAAGCAUGGAGUCGCGGGCGCCAAAGCAGGCGGAGAACGUCAAAAACGCAGUGGAUGGAGUUAUUACAGAAAAUAUGGUCAACUCAUAAUUAUUACAUGUCUAUGUACCAUGCUAACCAUUUCCCAGCAUGGCGGAGAUACAUGGAGGCAGAUAAAACGUCCAAAUGACUCUCUGCGACGGUCCUGGAAGUUCUUGGAGCUGAUUCACUUAAAAACAAAGAGUAGAUAUUUGAUUUAUGCUAAGUUCUAGAAUAUAAAAGGUACAACACAGAAAAUAAAAAUGACAAACGUUGGCCAAUUAAAUGAAUUCAUUUUUAAAAUGCAUAUGGAAUGUGUUGGAUU